AUGGUUUGGAGAUGUGUAGGGCUAGAACUGUACCGAAUUUUGGGCGUGGAAACCAGUAUCGAACGUUUCCAUCUUCUGUGUAUUCAGUUCCUUUCCACUGUUCUGGGCAUAUAUGCAGCCAAUUACGCAGUUCGCCUUGGAGAGUUGACAGGUCUCGCUUUCUCCGUUUUGUCCUGCUUCUCGACGUUUUCCCAAAAACAAUGCAGACAGUUUCAGCGGUCAGGCGCACAACAUCAUUACAGAAUGAAUCCUCUGCUGGCUCAGCUCUUGAAAGGUCAAACUUUGGCCACGAGCCCGGGUCAUGCAAGCGCGUCAGCCACCUCGUGCCGUGCAUAUAUCCAGAACGAAGCGCGAGUUAAGCAGCUUGCUGAGUUGUGGGCAUGUAAUGAAGCUACGAUUGAUUGUCCCAACAAUCGCGAGGUCCAUCUCACUGGGGUAAGCAUCGAGAAGGCGAGCCAUCAAAAUGAACAGCCUGGCCGUAGUAGUGUUCAGACACCGGUUUCCAGGCCGGGCUUCAUCGCAGCGACCUGCGAAAACAAAGAAAUUUGCUCAGCGUAG